AGCAUGAAGGUCGAGUUUGCGCCGCUCAACAUCCCGCUGGCGCGGCGGCUACAGACCGCCGCGGUGCUGCAGUGGGUCCUGUCCUUCCUGCUGCUCGGUAAGGACCCCGCGCGCUCCCGGGCGCCAAGAUCCAGGCGGGUCUACACGGUGCAGGGGGUCUCCGUCUCCUCCCUCGCCGACAGUCCUUGUCCAAGGACGCGCUUAGAUCCGCCAGCCCUUCUUCCCGUCACAAGUGUGCAUUGCAGUCAUCGUGAUACUGAUCGUAUACAACUAUUGGUUCCUCUAUGUCCCUUAUAUGACAUGGCUUUACUUUGACUGGAGUACCCCAGAGCAAGGGGGAAGAAGAUCCAAUUGGGUCAGAAGCUGGACCGUUUGGAGGUAUUUUAAAGACUAUUUUCCGAUUCACCUCAUCAAAACCUGGGAUUUGGAUCCAAGUCGCAACUAUAUAUUUGGGUUUCACCCCCAUGGAGUGCUUGUUGCUGGAGCCUUCGGAAAUUUUUGUACAAAUUAUUCAGACUUUGAGGAGCUGUUUCCUGGCUUCACUGCGUAUCUUCAUGUGCUCCCAUUUUGGUUCCGCUGUCCACUCUUUCGAGACUAUCUGAUGACCAGUGGGUCAGUCUCAGUUUCUAAGAAAAGUGUGUCCCAUGUGCUGAGCAAGGAGGGAGGUGGAAACAUUUCAGUCAUUGUUCUUGGGGGUGCAGAAGAAUCACUGGACGCCCAUCCUGGAAAAUUCACUCUCUUCAUCUGCCAGCGGAAAGGAUUUGUUAAAAUUGCUUUGACCCAUGGCGCCUCCUUGGUCCCGGUGUUUUCUUUUGGAGAAAAUGAGCUAUUUAAGCAAGUUAACAACCCUGAAGGCUCAUGGCUUCGAACUGUGCAGGAGAAGCUGCAGAAGAUCAUGGGGUUUGCUUUGCCGCUGUUCCAUGCCAGAGGAAUUUUUCAAUACAGUUUUGGCCUGAUGCCCUAUAGGAAACCUAUCCACACUGUUGUUGGCCGUCCAAUCCCUGUGCCUCAGACCCUGCACCCAAGCCCAGAGCAGAUUGAGGAGUUGCAUCAGACCUAUAUGGAAGAGCUGAGGAAGCUAUUUGAGGCCCACAAAAGGAAGUAUGGCAUCUCGGAGCACGAAACUCUCAAUUUUAGAUAACUACUCUUAGAAGGCAUACAGAGGAUGAGAGAACAUCCCAUUGGAGGAUACAUCAUUUUAAAUAAGGAUUUUUUUUUCUUUCACUUUGGAAUCAAGAUUACAACUGAAAAGUAUUAUUUAUGGUGACAAAUGUUAAUGUGUAUCCGUGGGAGAUAAAAAUACAGUGGGUGACUGUAGGAGAAGGAGGAAGAGGACCAUAACCCUUUGGAUAAUCCUUAUUAGGGAAGGUGCAAGCAUUUCCCGGGUUAAGAAAGGGUUUAGGAUUAUUU